AUGGGAUUGACUUGGCUCAUUACCGGCUGCUCCAGCGGGUUCGGCGAAGCCCUCACUCGUCAACUUCGAUCUGCAGGUGAUAACGUCAUAGCUACUGGCCGCAACGCCGAAACAAAGCUCUCACAUCUCAAAGAAACUGGCGCAGCUAUCCUAGACCUUGAUGUUUCGUCCUCUCCCGAGGUCAUCAAGUCUAAGAUAGACAAGGCUUGGAGUAUCUACGAUGGAAUCGAUGUUGUCGUCAAUAACGCGGGGUAUAUCCUUAGCGGGGCAGUGGAAGAGCUGACUCAGGAGGAUAUGGAAAAGUCUUUCCAGGUCAACUUUCACGGACCUAUGAAUAUCACCCGCGCCGUCUUGCCGUACUUGAGGGAGAAGGGAUCUGGAACUUUGCUCUUCGUCGGAUCCCAAGCUGGCUGGCACGCUGACCCCAGUGCAUCAGGAUACUGCGCCAGCAAAUUUGCCCUAGAAGGCGCCGUCGAGUGUCUAUCCAAAGAACUCGCCAUCUUCGCUCCAGGCCUAAAAGUUCUCAUCGUCGAGCCAGGAUACUGCCGCACUCCAGUCUUUAACAAGAUACAGCACGUCGAGGCUCGUGUUCCAGAGUAUGCUCAGUUCAACGAAGCAGUUCGACAGGCCGAGGCAACUUUGACAGAAAGUUCACCGGGAGAUCCUGAGAAGGUUGUUGCGAGGAUGGUUGAGCUAGUCAAGGGCACCGGCAUGGCAGAGGGAAUGAAAGUGCCUUUACGGAUACCCUUGGGGUCGGAUAGUUGGUCGAGAGUGAAGGCCAAGUGUGAAGAAACGCUGGAGAUUUGCCGUGAAUGGGAGGAAUUGGCAAAGAGCGUUGAUAUAUAG